GAGACAAAAACAAGAUUCAAAUUAAACAAGAGAGGAAAUUACAAAGAAAGGGGUUGAGUGUGAAAUUCAGCGAUGCUCUCUGAAACGAAGAAGCCUACGAAGAAGAGUGGGAGGCACAUUCUGAAACUUGCCUCGUUUCUUAUUAAACGCACUCUCUCCAAUGUAAAACGCAUGCAGGGUGAAAGAUUGAUGGAAGAAGUAGCAAUCAUUGGAGGGUUGAUUGGUGUGCAGUUUAUGGCGGCAGGGAACGCUGUUUUGAUGAGCUUUGUUAUGUCUUUGGGACUCAAAUCUCUCACCAUUGUUACAUUCAUGUCCCCUGCUACAUCUCUUUUGCUCUCCCCUCUUGCCUUCUACUCUGAAAGGAGCCUGUGGCCCAAGAAAUUCAGUUCCAAGUUGAUUUUGCGGUUGAUCUUGCUUUCCUUGGGAGGGACAACAUUCCAGGUUUUGAUGCUGAAAGGAAUGAAUCUAACCUCACCAGCAAUGGGGACUGCCAUGCCAAAUGUUGCCCCUGGACUUAUCUUCAUCAUUGCUUGGAUCUUUCGGUUGGAAAAAGUGAACAUAAAAUCGACAUAUAGUAGAGUAAAAAUCAUGGGGACAAUGCUUUGUGUGGUAGGGGCUUUUGCAAUGAGCAUAAUGCAAAGCAUGUCCACCAACGCAGCCAAAGAAGAUGCAACAUUAGUUCAUUAUAUAUCAGAUCCAACAGCAGGUGAUGUCUUUGACAAACAGAAGAUAUUGGGUUGCAUCUAUCUUCUACUCGCAAUCUCUUUAUUGUCAAGUUCCCUAGUCUUGCAGGCUUUUAUUUUUAGAGAUUUUCCGGCACCCAUAUCGAUGUGCGUGAUCACAUCCUUUUUGGGCACGUUCAUAACAGCAGCAUUUCAAUUCAUUGAAGAUCACGAAAUCAAAACUGGUUUGGACGUUUUUAGUGCCCGAAACCUCAUCAUGUAUUUUCUUCUGGAAGGUGCAGUAAAUGGAGUGUGCAUAAGCUUCAGUAGUUGGGCAAUAAAGAAGAAAGGACCAGUUUUGGUGUCCAUGUUCAGCCCCAUUGGCACCGUUUGCUCUGCCAUUUUCUCUGUUGUUACCAUAGGAGUCACCAUCAGUGUUGGAAGCUACGGGGGAAUGUUUAUAAUGUUCACUGGGCUUUACUUUUUCCUUUGGGCUAAAGGAAAAGAAGAAGACAUCGAAGGCAGUGGUGGCAAACAAGGUGAACAUGAUAUUGAGAAGCCUCUCUUAGAAUGAUGUACUGUACUAGGUUUAGCUUGCAUUUCUAAUUAAUAAAGUAUACUGUUAAAAAAAAGGUAUACUGUAAAAAAAGACGAAAAUAAUGUAUUGUAGGUGUUACAUUCCUUGGAGAAACAGAAAAAAAUAAAAGUCAAGA